AUGCCAGCUGCGAAGCGUAGAAAGACCGGCGGUGCGGAGAUGAAGGCGAAGAACAAGACCACCGAGCGAAAGCCGCUCCCAGUGACCGUUCUUUCCGGAUUUCUGGGCAGUGGGAAGACAACCUUGCUUCGGCACAUUCUACAGUCGCCAGAUCAUGGUUUGCGCAUCGCCGUCAUUGUCAACGAUAUGGCAUCAGUCAACGUCGACGCGAACCUCGUUAGUCGUGGCAACAAUAAGAACAGUAAUGGAGAGAUACGUCUAAAAGAGAAGGUCGUGCAAAUGGAGAAUGGCUGCAUUUGCUGCACAUUGCGAAGCGACUUACUUGUUGAACUAGCACGCCUGGCUUGGUCCGAGAACGCAUUUGACCAUGUAAUCAUCGAGAGCUCCGGUAUCAGUGAGCCGCAACAAGUGGCGGAGACCUUCACGACCGAGCUUACCGAGGCAAUGAUCGACGCCGAGGGACUGGAACCUGAGGAGAAGGAAGUCUUUACUAAAGUCGCGAAGAUCGGUGGGCUGAAGAGCAUUGCGACCGUCGAUACGAUGGUCACUGUGGUGGAUGCGUUCCGGUUCUUUUCCGAGUUCGACACGGCCGAGUUCCUGCAAGACCGCUUCGGGCGCGACGAAGUUCCGGAUGAGGACCAGCGAACCAUAUCCGAUCUCUUCGCGGACCAAAUCGAGUUUGCCAAUGUUAUCAUCAUCAACAAGAUCGAUAGAGCAGACAAGGCAACCCUGGGGCGCGUCCGAGCAUACAUCAAGUCACUAAACCCGAAGGCGAAGAUCAUUGAAGCCAGGUACUCCAAGGUGGACGUUCGCGAGAUGCUCAAUACGGGCGUGUUCAACUUCGGCGAGGCUGUCGCAAGCGUUGGAUGGCUCCAGUCGUUGCAUGAAAUGACCGUCAUGGACGUCUCGGGAAGAAAGCGUGUCGCACCCAAGCCGGAGACGCUUGAAUAUGGCAUCGGCUCUUUCGUAUAUCGCGCUCGCAGACCAUUCGACCCAAUGAAGCUGUACCGGCUUAUCCAGGGCAAGUUCAUCUUGCUGCAAGACGAGGCAGAAGACGUCGCCGAUGCCGAAGAGGAUGAGGAAGAAGAAGAUGAAGACGAUGAUGAUGGCAACGACAACGCCAUCGAUGGUUCAUCCGAAUCUGGAAAGGCCAGCGCGUCCGAAGACGAUUCCGACAAGGUCAGCGACGACGAUGAAGAAAUUCCCCAAAUGGAUGACAAGGAGAUUCUGGCCAACAAGAAGGCUUGCCCUUACUUCGGCGGCCUACACCGAAGCAAGGGUCUCUUCUGGCUCGCCACGCGUCCUAAUCAGAUGGGCUCGUGGAGUACUGCAGGUGCAAUGCUGACACUCGGCUCUGAGAUGCCGUGGUUCUGCUGCGUGUCCGAAGAAGACUGGGGCGCCGACGAAGACACGCUGAAGGCUAUCAGGAACGACUUCGAGGGUGAGUGGGGCGACCGUAGACAAGAAAUGGUAUUCAUCGGAGAGAAGCUUGACGUUGACGGGUUGACGAAGAUGCUUGACGCUUGCCUUUUGACGAAAAAGGAGAUGAAGAAGUGGGAGAAGGUCAUGCAUGACGAUUCAUUGGACGAUGACGAGAAGGAAGAGACCCUGCAGGAAAUGUGGGACGACGGCUACUGGGCCGAGUGGCCGCGGGCGCAGGAUGAAGAGGAAAACGACCAUGGUCACGAUCACUCUCAUGACCAUGGCCAUCAUCAUCACGGCCACAGGCAUUGA